AUGCCCGCCCCUAUUCUGGCACCAGCUCCACGUUCUGGCCCCCAUGCACUCGGGAAACCACGCCGCAAAGGGCCGCCUUCCGGCCUGCACAUUGACACACCUGUGGCGAAUCCGGGCCUUCUCAUCGUGCCCGAUGAAGACUCGGCGACAACUUCAGCCUCUGCCAUCACUUCUGCCACAGACGACUCGGAAUCCUUCCAAUUCCCCCCUCCCAAGCAACGCUCCAGGAACAUGAAAAAACUAUCCCUCUCCAUCUCCUCCGCCCAGUCCUCGACAAGCUCGCUCGUCCUCCCCGCCCCGGAACCGCCCAAGUCCGCGCUCCCAGAGCAGGACAGGCCCCGGCGGACGUCCGUGGCGUCUCUGCCCGUCCCCACAACUACCGCUGCCCUCCUACGCAAGGAGGAAGACGGCGGCUCCCCAACCGCGCCAUAUGUCGAUGGUCCCAUCGAAAUCCUGCCCAGGAUAUGGCUCGGUUCAGAGGACAACGUACACAAUUGGCAGGGUCUCGUCGAGCGUGGGAUCGCAAAUGUGCUCAAUGUCGCACGGGAGGUCGUAUCCCCAUUCGACUCGGCCUCCUCUCGGCCGCUCCGCUCCAUUUCCUCCACGCCAAACUUGAAGGACGAGAGCAAACCAAGCGAUACCUACUACCCGGCCAAUAAACUCACCGGCCGCCCUGGCAUGCACUAUCUCAAACUCAAAUGGUCUCACGGCCAGUCCGAUCUCGUCCAGAACGGUUUCGCGGACGCGAUGGCUUUCGUCGACGAAGCCCUCGCACGCAAUGAAGGCAUUCUCGUUCACUGUCAAUUGGGCAUUUCCCGAUCAGCCACGAUGGUGAUCGCACUCGUCAUGCGGGCCGCCGCGAUGCGCUCGCCUUUCGUACCCAAAGAGGUUCACGACCUCAAGGGUAUGCAGGCCGCGUAUGCCUACGUCAAAUCCAAAAGUAAAUGGGUUGGACCCAAUAUGUCGCUCAUCUAUCAGCUCCUGGACUAUGAGCGCACACUCAAGGCUGACACGGACUCUGCGUCAGAAGACAUGGACGCCGCUGCACAGGACGAGGAGUGGGGCCGCCGACGGGCGAUGCUUGACGAAGCGCCGUCAGAAAGCGAACCGGAACAGGAAAUUUCCGAGGUUAUGCGGGAAGCCAAAGCACUAGACAAGGCCAUGGAGGACCGCAUACUGGCCCGCAAGUCCUCGGCGUCGUCUGUGGCGUCUGGAGGUUCGGGUAUUGGCAUGGGCGCAGCCUGGCGCAGUCGCUACGCCCGCAAGCGCGCAGGCUCAAUUGCCAGCAACGCAACAUCUGGUAGUGCGAUCAGCGAAGAUCUCGUCGAGGUCGACGAGGAGCAGGAACUACUUGGCGUUGGCGGCGGAUUCGAUGGCACUAGCAUCGGCACAAUGUCGACCUCCACGUCCGCCAAAUUUUCGGAUUCAGUCGCUCCUGACUCCAGCGAGGAUGAGCCGGAGGCGGAUGCCGAUGGCGCGCAGUUCGCCACACCCGUACCCAAUCGCCGGAUGGCCAAGCCAGACAUGCGGUUGAAGCCGCCUCCGGCGUUCGGGAAGAACAAGCUGCGCAGUGUACCGCCCUCCGCUCCUGCUCAGCGCCAGAGGUUCACUCUCGCGCCCCCGCCGUCCGCCACGCGGUCGUCAUUCGCCUUACCUCCUGUGCCAAAGACUGCACAUCGCUCGACCUUCAAUCUGCCCCCACCGCCGAAGACUGCGCAUAGAUCAACCUUUGAUCUUGGCCCUCCACCGCGGACUGCGUUCAAGUCGAGCUUCAGUCCUGCAAAGACGCUUCAGCCUCCUCAACCGUCCAUGCUGUCAAAGUCUUCUCGCCGUCGACCCGCUCCGAUUGGGCUUCUUCCCACAGUACCCGAUUCACCGUCCGGCCCCGUAGUCAUCGUGCAGGAAGACGAUAUGUCUAGUUCAGAUGCAGAUAGCGUUGCUUCAAGACCCAGACAGCGGAAGGAGUCGCGCAGGCCCGCCUUGCCGCCGCUCCACCUUCGUGUCGCAACAAACGCACCCUCUGCAUCUCCUGCGUCAUCUGCCUCUGCGCGUUCCGUGUCAAGUGGGAGCUUAUCAUCAUCGGCUUCGGGACAGUCCUACCGUUCCGGACGAAGCUCUCUUUCCACAAGUAGUUCGGGGCUCCCGCUGGCAACACCGAGUCAAACACUCUUUGUCUUCCCUCCCGAAAUCCCAGGAAAUGGUGCACGGACGCCGAGCGCGAUGACCCUAACGAAUAACAUGGUGCCAUUUCCGCCGAUGUCGACACCCCGUGUGGCCAGUCUCUCCAAGGCAGGAGGUCGCCGAAGCUACAUCGGUGUCGUCGCACCGCCGACGCCCACGACCGCACAUUCGCGUGUUGACGCGCGCGGAUACUUCGGCAAGCAGUAA